AUGCGUUUUACUCUUGCUCCCGUUGUUGUCUUCAUGACUAUGCUCAUGUUCGCCGUCAUGUCCUCUGCCCACACCGUCCAGUGCGCCGGAAAAGCCAUUGCCGCCAACUACAAGGACCUCAAGUGGCUCGCCCAGUACUUGGAGAAGGUUUCCCAUGGCACCGCCCAGCAGACCCCCGAGCUCCCCCAGCCUCCCAAGCAGCGCACUCUCGGCCCCAACUCCUGCGAGCGUAUCGCUUGCGCCAAUCACGCCGAAGUCCGCUGGUGCAAUGAGGAUCCCAACAACUCUCGCACCAUGGAGGUCCAGCACAUCGCUGAGGGUACCUAUGUCCUUCUCAACGACUGCGUGACUGGCUACCACGGCACCCUUGUCGCUGGCGGCUACCUCACUCAUCCGGAUAUGUGGUCUGUUAUCGCGCAGUCGACCUCCGACAGCUGCUAG